GUGAGCUACACCUAGGGGACACGUGCGGAGUAUGCGAGGCUGUUACAUUGUGUUGAAGCUGAAAUAACCCCAUGUUCUACAACCCCAAGAGAUAUUUUCACACAAUGAUGCGUGUGUGUGUGUUGGUGUGUGUGUUGGGUGUGUGUUCUGCCCUCAUCUGCCCUGACGGAGGGAUGUGUGAAGAUGGGGACACGUGCUGUGAAACACCGUCCGGGAAGUAUGGCUGUUGCCCUCUACCAAAUGCAGAGUGCUGUUCAGAUCAUUUGCACUGUUGCUAUGAGAAUACACUGUGUGACCUGGAGCACUCCAAGUGCAUCAAUAAAACCAUCUCACUACCUUUAGUCCGACGAACUCCAGCAAAGCAGGCUACAGAGCAGGUGAAGGCAGUGGUUUGCCCUGACGGGGAGUCGGAGUGCCCUGAUGACACCACUUGCUGUGAAAUGCCUGAUGGGAACUGGGGCUGCUGCCCCAUGGUAAAGGCAGUCUGCUGUGACGAUAAACGCCACUGCUGCCCUCAGGGCACGACCUGUGACCUGAUUCACUCCAAGUGUGUCUCUCCCUCCUAUGGCUCCACCCCCCUCUGGAGGAAGUUCUCUGCUCGCCGCCGAGCAUCAUGGGAGAAGAGAACCAACGGUGAGAGGGAAUCCAGCCCUUACAUUGUAUGUCCAGAUCAGGCGACCAUGUGUCCUGAUGGCACAACCUGCUGUGCUCUGUCUAAUGGGAGCUACGGCUGCUGCCCUAUGCCAAAGGCUGUGUGUUGUUCGGAUCACAUGCACUGCUGUCCAGAGGGCACAACAUGUGACCUUAGCCAUAGCACCUGUGUGGGAGCCAAUGGGAACGCAGCCUGGGCCACCAAGAUCCCAGGCCUUACCUACCCUAAGGUGAAAGUAGAGGAUGUGCCCUGUGAUGAUACUAAGGCAUGUCCUGACGACACGACCUGCUGUAUGACAGCGGAGGGUGACUGGGCCUGCUGCCCUCUGCCAAAGGCUGUGUGUUGUGAGGACCACAUCCACUGCUGUCCCAGUGGGACCACCUGUGACCUGGCAGCAGGUACCUGUGACAGUCCCUUUAACCUUGUGGCCCCUGUGCCCUGGCUGGAGAAGGUGCCCGCCCUGUCACGGACACACAAGGUCAAAGUAGAGGAUGUGCCCUGUGAUGAUACUAAGGCAUGUCCUGACGACACGACCUGCUGUAUGACAGCGGAGGGUGACUGGGCCUGCUGCCCUCUGCCAAAGGCUGUGUGUUGUGAGGACCACAUCCACUGCUGUCCCAGUGGGACCACCUGUGACCUGGCAGCAGGUACCUGUGACAGUCCCUUUAACCUUGUGGCCCCUGUGCCCUGGCUGGAGAAGGUGCCCGCCCUCGCACGGACACACAAGGUCAAAGUAGAGGAUGUGCCCUGUGAUGAUACUAAGGCAUGUCCUGACGACACGACCUGCUGUAUGACAGCGGAGGGUGACUGGGCCUGCUGCCCUCUGCCAAAGGCUGUGUGUUGUGAGGACCACAUCCACUGCUGUCCCAGUGGGACCACCUGUGACCUGGCAGCAGGUACCUGUGACAGUCCCUUUAACCUUGUGGCCCCUGUGCCCUGGCUGGAGAAGGUGCCCGCCCUGUCACGGACACACAAGGUCAAAGUAGAGGAUGUGCCCUGUGAUGAUACUAAGGCAUGUCCUGACGACACGACCUGCUGUAAGACAGCAGAGGGCGACUGGGCCUGCUGCCCUCUGCCAAAGGCUGUGUGUUGUGAGGACCACAUCCACUGCUGUCCCAGUGGGACCACCUGUGACCUGGCAGCAGGUACCUGUGACAGUCCCUUUAACCUUGUGGCCCCUGUGCCCUGGCUGGAGAAGGUGCCCGCUCUGUCACGGACACACAAGGUCAAAGUAGAGAAUGUGCCCUGUGAUGAUACUAAGGCAUGUCCUGACGACACGACCUGCUGUAAGACAGCAGAGGGCGACUGGGCCUGCUGCCCUCUGCCAAAGGCGGUGUGUUGUGAGGACCACAUCCACUGCUGUCCUCAUGGCUCAGUGUGUAACCUGGCAGCCCAGACGUGUGACAGUGCCCUGUCCUCGGUGCCCAUGCUGAGGAAAAUACCCACCGUGCCCUCGCCGUCCUUCACAGCCCACGCUAAUAAUAUCGCAAACGAUGACUCGCCGCUCCUGACGCAGCACGGACACAUGUGUGACGAUCGCACCAGCUGUCCGCGGGACAACACCUGCUGCUACAUGGACAAACAGAAAGCGUGGGGCUGUUGUCCGCUGCCCAAGGCUGUAUGCUGCAGUGAUGGGGAACACUGUUGUCCCUCUGGGUAUAAGUGUAAUGAGGGUAGGACGUCCUGUCACAAGGCCGGUCAGGAGAUCUCCUGGUACACCAAACAUAAAGCCCGGGUCUCUCUGGAGGUCACAGCGGAGGAGAAGCAGGGGUCGGAGGUCACGCUCGGGAUCGGAGAUGUAAGAUGUGAUCCCAUGAGCACCUGUGCGUCUGGCUCUACCUGCUGUAA